AAAGAUGGAGGAUGUAGUAACUAAAAAUUCUGAUCUGACUGCCAAAUACAACGAUGUGGUCGCCAAAUACAACGAUUUGUCUACCAAAUACACGGAACAGUCUGGCAAAUACGCAGAACUGUCGACCAAAUACACCGAUCUGUCAGCCAAACUGAAGACUUUGAUGACUAAAAGCAAUGGGUUUGCUGGAGGUUCUUGGUAUGGACACCCGGGAGCAGCCGCUGAAUUCGUAUGUCUUCCACGUGACCCAGACCUUAUUACGAAGUUUACUUCACAUUAUGCAUACAUGUAUGGUUCAGAAUACGACUCCACUGAGUUUGGCCAUCACAACGGUGACGACCUUCCUUGCAGUGUUUCUCGUAGCACAGAACAGUCCAGCGUUCUGAUGAUUCCUGGUAAAUCCUCUUGCUACGGUGACUGGAGUAUGCAGUACCACGGGUACCUUGUCGCGGGUUAUUAUAAUGCUAGCGCUGCUACGCAGUAUAUAUGUUUAGAUGAGCAUCCUGAAGCCUUGUUUGCUGGACAACGUGAUGAAAACGGGAAAAUGUUUUACCCUGUGAAAGCAGUGUGUGGAUCAUUGGCCUGUCCACCAUAUCAGGACGGCAAAUUCCUGACAUGUGUUGUCUGUACGAAAUAA